AAAAAAGUAAUAGGGUCCAUCCAAAUAAUUAAUAUAAAAAAAUAGUACAAUCCAAUUGAAAAGAUCUUCACGUGUAAGUUGAUGUACCAUGUGCUUGUGUUUUGAUGAGAGAGUCAAUAAAAAGGAGUGAUGUUCCUUCCAUCCAAUUAACCUCAUCUCACGGAUCUUGCUUCUCUCUCCCCCUCUCUCUCUCUAUCUUUCUCUUCCUCUCUUACUUUUUUUUUCAACACUCUUUUCUAACAUAUAAAAAGCCUAGAGAAUCCAUUCUUUCACAUAUCAACCAAAAUGACUUCUUGGAAGAAGACCAUCACUACUCCUUUCAAGAAAGCUUGUACUUUCUUUAAAGAUCAACCCACAAGGGAUCACAAGAAAUCUCAAACAGAGCAAGAGAGAAGUGUAAUUGAUCUACAAGGUGAAGUAAUGGCGUGUGGAUAUGAAGAUGUUCAAGUUAUGUGGUCAAUUCUGGAUAGGACUAAAUCCACAGCCAAUGAAUAGAAUGCAACAUAACAACCUCGACUUGAAUUUACGGAAAUGCCCUUUUCUUCCAUUCAUGAAUUAGCGAAUGUUUUUUAUAUGCUAAUUAAUGUCGAUGUCAUAGUUGUUGUUGCUACUAUGAAUGUAAUGGAAAUUAAUAUAUUUUAUUUGUGCCCCUUUUUCUAUUAGCAAGAAUUAAGGUGGCGGUUUUAGUUUGUAAGUUGUUUUUUUUUUUUAAGUUGAAAUGUUAGUACUUGUUUGGAAUCCCUGUGAUUGGUGAAUGAAAAUCAUGGUGAGAUUUUUUUUAUGGGAAUGAGUGGUAGAGAUUUUUGUUUUUUUUAUUGUUGUUCAAUUUUACCCUUCUGUUUGGUUC